AUGCUGUUCUUGAACAAACCCGCUCUUAUUCUCCUGGGGAUUCUGGCUACAGGAAUACAUGCUUGGUUGCCUGACGGUAUAAGAGAUGCUAAUCAAUUUAAUCAAUCUAUCCACGAUGCUCCCGGAAACUCGACAUUCUCCAAACGAAACCUCCCUGGUUUUGACAAGAUCCGUGGCGUCAAUCUAGGUUCCCUCUUUGUCUUCGAGCCAUGGAUGGCAUCCGGUCAAUGGAAUAACAUGGGAUGCGGCCCCUACAAAUCCGAAUUCGACUGCGUCGUCGGCAUCGGUCAGGACCGAGCUGAUGCAGUGUUCCAACAACAUUACAGCACAUGGAUCACACAAGCCGACAUUGCACGCAUCAAAUCAUAUGGUCUCAAUACUAUUCGUAUUCCACUUGGAUACUGGCUCUUCGAACCGAUCAUCUACUGGGACAGCGAACAUUUUCCCCACGGCCACGUCGCAUUUCCAUAUCUGGAGCAAAUCUGUGAAUGGGCUGCUCAAGCGGGGUUGUAUGUCAUUAUCGAUCUUCACGCGGCACCUGGAGCACAGCAAGCAAACCAACCAUUUACAGGCCAGUAUGCACCAAAUGCGGGGUUUUAUAAGCCGUGGCAAUACGAUCGUGCUUAUCAAAUGCUUUCUUGGAUCACUGAGGUCAUUCAUCGCUGGCCUGCUUUCCGCACUGUUGGUAUGUUGGAGAUUUUGAAUGAACCUUCUCAGGAUCCUAGUGUAACGACUGGGCUUUUGGACCAGUACUACCCAGGUGCAUAUGCAGCCAUCCGCGCUCGAGAAGCAAAGAUUGGUAUCGGCGGCGAUCAAUCCCUCCACGUUCAAGUGAUGAAUACGCUCUGGGGUUCAGGAAAUCCCGAGACCUUUCUGACUGACAAACAAUUCAUGGCUUAUGAUGAUCAUCGAUACGCAAAGUGGGAUUCAAGCGUCGCAGUAAAUAAAAAUGCUUACAUUGCUGAUGCAUGUCGCAACAACCGCUUCAGCAACUGGCCAACCAUCGUCGGCGAAUUCUCUCUCUCCGUUCCCGACAACGUCCAAUGGAACGGUGACUGGCACCCGGACAGCAACAAAGACUUCUAUAACCGUUGGUUUGCCGCGCAGAUCAUUCGCUACGAGCGUGAUACCAAUGGUUGGAUCUUUUGGAGCUGGAAAACGCAGUUGGGUGAUUAUCGGUGGUCGUAUCAAGAAGCUGUUGCUGCUGGUGUGAUCCCGAGUAAUGCCGCUAGUAUCAAUCGAGGCGCUUGUGAUGGAUUUUAA